AUGGCCACUCAGUGUGCUGCCUCGGCCAAAUUGGCCUUGCCGUCGCUUCUUCGCAGCGUCUUUCGCUCGGAAUUCAGCCGUGACUUACGCCCUACUUAUCUCCGCUGGUCUCGUCCUUCAGUACAGCAUCAACACCGACCAUUCAGUUCGACCCCAAGGGCCUGCCAGAUCCAGAUCAAUCAGUCUCCGGAUUUAAUCACUACAUCGGUCGCUCCUCAGACUACCCAACCUACUACUGCUCCACCUCCCUCACCCUCAACUGCAAUCGAAGAAACUACGGCCUCGGAGCCGCGCCAUAAACGUGCAACCGACAGUCCUAAGAAGAGAGGAAAGAAGGAGAGAACCAGUCGGGAUGAUCCGAAAUCACAGCGCGAUGAGCGUAAAUCCUUGCGCAAGGAUAAUAAGCUCGACAAUGUGAAGAAUACCCCAAGGAAAAAGGAGAAGCCCGACCCCUGGCGAACUCAAAAGGAUGCCUUGGACAAGAAAUUCCCCAACGGGUGGAAUCCACCCAAGAAAUUGUCACCCGAUGCGCUGGAAGGUAUUCGUCAUCUAUACGCGACCGCUCCGGAACGAUUCACGACCGCUGUCCUCGCGGAAGAGUUCAAGGUCUCCCCAGAAGCCAUUCGCCGCAUUCUGAAAAGUCGAUGGAGGCCCUCGGAAACCGAGGCCGAGGAUCGUCGCAAGCGAUGGGAGAAGCGUCACGAACGGAUCUGGAGUCGCAUGGCUGAGUUGGGUCUUCGGCCAUCGACCAAGGCCUCUCGGCCGUACUCUGAUGCCAAUACGCUGUAUAAGCCUGGCGAGAGGGAGUUUUAG